AUGAUCAGCUCAAAAGUACAGCUCGAUCUUCUCGAUGUCACUGUCCUGAUGCGAAUCAUGAGACACCUGCAAACCGGAGAUAUUGAAUCCUUGUCGUGCACCAACAAGCGGCUGCGAGAUGUAUCAGUGCCGAUUCUCUUUCGUGCCGUCAGAUUUGAAUUUUCAACGUCGAGCUUGAAAGCGCUAAAGAGCCUGUCAAAUUCGAAUAUCCGACACCAUGUGCGUUCCUUGACGUACGCGGCUCCAGGGAUCCUAAGAACCGAUAUAUUGGAUUUUGAUUGCUUCACUUCGGAGUUGUUGACACCAAGCGACUAUAGGGAAUGGAUCGACGAAAGUCAGAAUUUCUUGUCAGAUGAGUGUCCCUCGUACAUGCUCAUAUAUGAUGUCUUGCAAGAUAUCUGCGAAGAACAACAAGAGAUCAUGAGCGAAUCGCUGGACAAAAUUGCCCUGCUAUAUGCGUUCACCAGGCUACCUCGACUGCGCAAACUGGCUGUCUGCUUCUGUCCAACCGUGGAAGAAGAGGAAUGGGUGGGCUCCGUGCUGGCACGGGGGCUGACCACGGAGGACUCCUGCGAGUACCAUUCAAGGGUGAUCCAUGAUGCCAUCGAGACCUCACGUCAGAGUUCAUCAACCGAACGAAAUCUUCGGGUCUUUCUGACUGUCCAACCUCCUUGA